AUGGCGCAGCAAUGCCGUCCCUCUCCCCCCGGAACGGCGCCGCGGCCCAGGCGGUCGCAGUCGGAAGAGUCGGUGGCCCUCAGCUUCACCUUCACCCCCAGCGAUGAGCAGCUCAUCGUUCACUACCUCCGCGCCUACGCCGCCGGCCAGAGCCUGCGGUGGGACCACGUCGUCGAGGCCGAAGUCUACUCCAAGGAUCCACGGAGCCUCCUCGGCGACGGCGGCGAGAUCGGGUAUUUCCUCACCAAGAGGACGCGGCACGGGAAUCGCGUGAAGCGGACCGCCGGCGGAGGGACGUGGACCGGCCAAACCAGGAAAAACGAGAUUGUGUCCGCCCGCGGCGAAGUCGUCGGCUUCAAAGCGAUGUUCUCGUUCUGUAUCGGCGGCGGCGGCGACGACGACUGCUCCACGAAACCAUCCAAGAAGACGACAGGAUACGUGAUGUACGAAUAUGAGCUGCCGUCGACGGCCAACAAGGGCGCGCGCCGACAGGUAUGCGCUGAUUAA